AAGAGAUUUGCCGAACCGAGGCUCAAAGCUGUUUGAUCCCUCUCGGUCGCUCCGGUCGACGCUGAGAACCUACAGCAAGAGGAUACCAUGGAUGUUGACCAAGACAACAUAGUCUAUUAAUAUUUCAGAGACGCUCGUACUGUAAAGUGAUAUCCAUAUUAGAACUAAGUUAAGGUGGUGGCGGUUGGCGGUUUCACACGGACAUUCCCUGUGCUUCUGCUCUCAAAGUCAAAGACAGGCAAACAGAAAUAACAGAAGCAUCACUGGAAGACAAAAGCAAUGGUCAGCUUUGGGAGGAUGAAGAGGGAGCCUCUGCACAACUCCCGGCCUCAGUAGGAGCCGGUUUCCGUGGCUGGACUGACCGCUUCUCCUCCCACACCCCGCCGCCAGGAUGACCGUGGUGUCCGGAGACAACAUGGACGAGACAUCCACCCUGCCGGGCCACCCGCAGGACCCCUACCCCCCCGACCACGACGAUCACGACUGCUGCGAGAGGGUGGUCAUCAACAUCUCCGGGCUCCGCUUCGAGACGCAGCUGAAGACCCUUGCCCAGUUCCCAGACACUCUCCUGGGCAACCCAAAGAAACGGAUGCGCUACUUCGACCCGCUCCGAAACGAAUACUUCUUUGACCGGAAUCGCCCGAGUUUUGAUGCGAUCUUGUAUUAUUACCAGUCUGGGGGCAGGCUGAGAAGACCGGUCAACGUGCCGUUGGAUAUGUUCUCAGAGGAGAUAAAGUUUUAUGAACUCGGGGCGGAAGCCAUGGAGAAAUUCCGGGAGGAUGAGGGGUUUAUUCGUGAGGAGGAGCGGCCCUUACCGGAGAAAGAGUUUCAGCGGCAGAUAUGGCUCCUCUUUGAGCACCCGGAGAGCUCCGGGCCCGCCAGGGGGAUCGCCAUAGUCUCAGUUAUGGUUAUUCUUAUUUCAAUAGUAAUAUUUUGUUUGGAGACAUUACCAGAGCUGAAAGAGGAUCCUGGUGACCGCUUGCAAACAGUGGGGAACACCACUGUGUAUUACAAACCAAAUAUUCUCACAGACCCCUUUUUUGUGGUGGAGACACUCUGUAUAAUCUGGUUUUCUUUUGAGUUGAUAGUUAGGUUUUUUGCUUGUCCCAGCAAGGCAGCAUUCUUUAAGAAUAUGAUGAACUCCAUUGAUAUUGUGGCUAUUAUUCCUUAUUUCAUCACGCUUGGAACAGAGCUGGCUGACGACAGUAACAACAAGGAGGGGAAGGGAGGAGGAGAACAGGCUACAUCUCUGGCUAUUCUCAGGGUUAUCCGUCUAGUGAGGGUGUUCCGGAUCUUCAAGCUGUCCCGACAUUCUAAAGGACUUCAGAUAUUGGGGCAAACUCUGAAGGCCAGCAUGCGGGAGCUGGGCUUGCUCAUUUUCUUCCUGUUCAUUGGUGUGAUUUUGUUCUCUAGUGCUGUAUAUUUUGCUGAGGCAGAGGAGAAGGAGUCUUUCUUCACCAGCAUCCCGGAUGCUUUCUGGUGGGCUGUAGUAUCCAUGACAACUGUGGGCUACGGGGACAUGUACCCCGUCACAAUUGGAGGCAAGAUUGUGGGCUCCCUGUGUGCCAUUGCUGGAGUGUUGACCAUCGCACUCCCAGUCCCUGUGAUUGUGUCCAACUUCAACUAUUUCUAUCACAGAGAGACGGAGGGAGAGGAGCAGGCCCAGCUGCUGAACGUCAGCAACCAGAACCUUGCUUCAGAUACCAAUUCUAGCCGCCGGAGCUCAUCUGUUGUCAGCAAGUCAGAAUACAUGGAGAUAGAUGAGGAUAUUAAUAACAGCAUUGAUAAUUUUAGGGAAGCGAAUCUUAGAACUGCCAACUGCACUGCCCCCAGCCAGAACUGUGUCAAUAAGGGGAAGCUGCUGACUGAUGUAUAAGGUCUAGGUAUCAGG